CUUUUGUUACCAGUCUCAGCUCAGAACACAGCAGUCCCUUUCCCCUUCUUCCGACGCCUCUAGCCCAUCUAGCUCGCUCGGAUUACGGCCAUCGGCGGCGGCGCUUCCAGAGGUGGGCGGCAUGGCAGGGGUGGGCGUGGGGCCGGAGGAGGUGGUGGUGGUGGGCGAGAGCUUCGAGUUCGCCUUUGACAAGGAGGCCUUCUCCGACAAGAAGCUGCGGGUCGAGGUCGUCGGCAGCGACGACGCCGCCAGCCGCAAGCGCCGCCGGGAGGACGACAAAAGUGAUGAAGGAGAAUGUGUCGAUUCUUCUUCUAUAGUGAUGGCUGCACCAAUUUUACGAGUCACUACCAUGCAUAUCAAUUCGGCGAUUCUUGCUGCAAAAAGUCCUUUCUUUUUCAAGCUUUUCUCAAAUGGCAUGAAAGAGUCUGAUAAGGGACAGGCAACACUUCGAAUCUCUGAUUCAGAGGAAAAUGCCUUCAUGGAGCUUUUGUACUUCAUAUAUAGUGGAAAGUUGACACCAACAACGGAGCCGACUCAUCUGGUUGAUAUCUUGAUGGCCGCUGACAAAUUUGAGGUGGUUUCUUGCAUUAAGCUUUGCGGUCAACAGCUCACAAUCUUGCCUAUGACCCCAGAAUCUGCUGUGCUGUGCCUAGAUCUACCAUAUUCCAUUUCAAUGGCACCUGCCCUGGCAGAGGCAGCCAAGAAAUUCUUUGCUGAAAGAUACAAGGAUUUCCUGUCAACAAAGUUCCAAGACGAACUGAUGAGGAUUCCUCUUGCAGGGAUCGUAGCCAUCUUAUCAAGGAAUGACCUCGGGAUUUUAUCUGAAGAAGCCGUCUUUGACUUUGUGCUCAGGUGGGCUGAUUCGCAGUACCCAAAUCCAGAAGAAAGACGCAAGAUCUUGAGUUCACAACUACUGCCACUAGUACCACUAGUGCGAAGUAGGGUCAGAACCAUUGUACUUGAAUAGCCGUCUUGUAUAAUUAACUUCAUUCUGGAGUUGAUUAUCUUGUAUGUGAUAGAACCUGUAGGCUGUAGGCUGGUGAGAUACAUAGUACUGUUUGAGGGUGGUCAUGUGGCAUUGGUGUACCGUGUCGGUACUGGUUAAGGGCUGUUAUGUUUGCGUGUGUAUCCCGCUAUGUUGCGAAGUUGCUGAACUGUUAAUGUCUUUGUUGGCUGAUAUAUUGUCGAUGACCUCUGUAGUUUGUUGGAGUGUACUCCUUAGAAUCUACUUCCUCUCUACCUAAAUAAUUAUAUUAUAUGGAGGGAGUAUUUUACCGA